GUGGGGUGGGGAUUGAGAGGUUGAAAAAGCAAAGGGAGUCCUCGCUUCAUCCGGGUACCACAGCUCCAUGGUGAUGCGGAGAGCCUGAUGCGUUGGACAGCCGAGCGAAGUAAAGUAAACCUGGGGAGGGUCGCUUGCCUGUGGGAGUAGGAGGUGGCUGGAGGGGUGGGCUUCGCUUUUCCCCCCCCUUCCUGCUGGAGUUUACAAUGCGUCUUUCACACGCACCGCGCCGCGAACGAUGAGACAAGUUCGCCGACGGGGUGCAAGCUGCUCUUGAUUCCCCUGGGAACAGAGUCUCGGCGACGGCGGUACUGGUAACCGUGGCGGGCAUGAAGAAGCCGAGCGCCCCGCUCACCGGGAAAUGGUAGCGUAUUGCGGGCACCGCAUCUGGGCAGGAACAUGGUGGAGAGGAGCAGCAAAUUCUUGUUGAUCGUGGUCGGAUCCGUAUGUUUUAUGCUGAUUCUCUAUCAGUACGUGGCGCCCGGGGUCAUCAAUUUCGGUUCGCCGCACGGCUACUUCGCCGAGGAGGACGAGGGGGACAUCUUCCCCACGCCGGACCCCCACUACGUCAAGAAGUACUUCUUCCCAGUGCGCGACCUGGAGCGGACCGUCGACUUCCAAAUCAAGGGGGAGGACGUGAUCGUGUUCUUGCACAUCCAGAAGACCGGCGGGACUACGUUCGGCCGCCACCUGGUGCAGAAUGUCCGCCUGGAGGUGCCGUGCGACUGCCGGCCGGGCCAGAAGAAGUGUACCUGCUACCGACCCAACCGCAAGGAGACCUGGCUCUUCUCGCGCUUCUCCACCGGCUGGAGCUGCGGCUUGCACGCCGACUGGACCGAGCUUACUAACUGCGUGCCGGGUGUUCUCAACAAGAAGGAGAGCAAGCAAAAGAAUCUAAGCAGGAAGUUCUAUUACAUCACUCUACUGAGGGACCCGGUGUCGCGAUACCUCAGCGAGUGGCGACACGUGCAACGGGGGGCCACAUGGAAGACCUCGCUGCACAUGUGCGACGGGCGCACGCCCACGCCCGAGGAGCUGCCCGCCUGCUACGACGGCUCCGACUGGUCGGGGUGCACCCUGCAACAGUUCAUGGACUGUCCCUACAACCUGGCCAACAACCGACAGGUGCGCAUGUUGGCCGACCUGAGUCUGGUGGGCUGCUACAACAUGUCCACCGUCCCCGAAAAGAAGCGAGCGCAGCUCCUCCUGGAGUCGGCCAAGAAGAACCUGCGAGACAUGGCCUUCUUCGGCCUGACGGAGUACCAGCGCAAAACCCAGUUCCUGUUCGAGCGCACCUUCAGACUGCGCUUCAUUCGGCCCUUCAUGCAGUACAACAGCACCCGCGCCGCUGGGGUGGACCUGGACAACACGACGGUGCAGCGUAUCGAGGAGCUUAACGAGCUCGACAUGGAGCUGUACGACUACGCCCGGGACCUGUUCCAGCAGCGCUACCAGUACACCAGGCAGCAAGAGCGCCGGCUGCAGCGCAUCAAGAACCACCUGCAACAGAGCCACCAAGGCCUGGGCCUGGGCCUCAGCCUGUGGCCCUCGGCUCACCGCCACCCCCCGGGAUCCAUCCGAGGUGAGGAGCGGGACGACGUCGGCGACGAGGAAGAGGGCGGCCGGACGGAGGAGGUGGCUGGGGGCGGCCGCCUCCCCACCGAGGACUACAUGAGCCAGAUCAUCAACCGCUGGUAGCGAUCAAAAUGACGAUCCUCAGACUGCUUUUGCAUUUCAAGUGACCGUUUAAAAAAAACAAAAAAAACAAAACAAAACAAAAAAACUGCAGAGUUGGGUUGCACCGUUGCUAUGGCGACCAUGGACUGGCUGGCUCGGGUUCGCCCAUUUAUUUGCGAUCCGCCCGUUACCCCCCACUGAGUUCCUCUGCGUCUCUCGCCGUCAUUAGCGACCGAGGUUUAUUUUUAAACGCGCUGACAUGCAACUUUCUUUUCCUUGAACAUGUGAAUUCAUUGGAUCAGGUGGCAAGGGAUCCGUCUAUUUCCUGGACGGUGUUCUCCAACACCACAUGGUUCACACUAAGGACCAUUUUAGCUCAUUGUGUCCUCUCCUCUUUGUGUGUGUGUGUGUGUGUGUGUGUGUAUGCUAUUGUAAUAACACUGAGCCCAAUGUGGCUGCCUGAAGACUUUUAUUAUGGAAAGCCGGUUGAAAUGUUAUUGUAUUCAAUAUCCAUGAUGUCCAGCUUAAGUGCGGUGGUUUAUCCUCACUAAGACAAUUUAGCGCAUUCGGGGAAAAAAUGGCCAAAAAGCAUUCAGGAAAGCUGUUUUGAGCAUUUAUUAGAUAUCCUUAGCCCAAGUAUCCAAUCACAGCUCACUUGCGAGCUACUGCGCUGCACUAGCGGGAAAAGCAAUACUAAGAAGACACAGUCGUUCUACUUGUCGUGAAUACGAUGGAUGAACUCUGAUAGAGUGGAAAAGGCGGUACUAGUGAGGCAACAUUGGCCACUAAUUGAUGACUGGCGCUACUAAUGACUUCUGGUCAGUCCUCGUAGCAGACUGAUGUCAAUUAGUAAAAAGUUUUGCCUCACUUGGAACAUGUUGGCCGACUAGUGUAAAAAAAAAAAAAUGUUAUAACCGGUUGGAACAAAAAGUUUUCUUGCUGUUAUAAGGCCCCGGUUGUUCGAGCAGGGGUUCUAGUUGGUCGACUGGAUAUCGAAUAACUGCUGAAACGGCUUUCCAAUAUCUUACUGAUGUUUUGUUUUAGUUAGCAUCCGAGCAGCCUUGUCCGACGGACCGAAGCCUCGCGCCGACGUUUAGGGAGCGAGCGCUCUCUCUCUCUCCCCGGUUUCACCUGCAGACUCUUGACAGCCAAUUAGCGCGGCUCACACCGGUCGGGGCGCUUUUUCAAAGCCAUGGCGAAGGCCUUAAACUGCAGACACGAGGAGGGAAGAAGCGGUCACCGUGGCGGCCGGAGCCUUUAAUUUAGCGCCUGGCAUUUUUCCUCUUUCUUUUGUUUGGUUUCACUUUUUUUUUUCUCUCUCCCUGCUUCUCUUCAGAUCAAACGGGUGGUUCAUUAGUUACUUUUAAGCACUGGGGCUGCAGUGCUUAAUUGCGGCAAGGAAACUGCGGUGUGUGGGCCCUUUGCGGACCCCCGCAGAGAGCAUUAGGUCACGGUCUAAUGUUGUCUGCCAAAAGAAAGGAAGCUGCUCCGAAUCUUAAAUCACACGAGCUCAGUCAUUCCCAACCUUUAUUAAGCCAAGACACACACUGUAUUUGCCAUACACCAUCAAACAACAUUCCGAAAAGUAUUUCGUGUUCUCCUGCAUAUUCGAGAUUCGCUACUCAAUUAUUAUUUUUUAUUGUAGACCAUUUUUGUAGCUCCAUACUUGCUUUAAAAAAAAUAUAUAUAUAGCCUAUUCCAAAAGAAGGUUUAUGAUUGCCUAUACCUGUCGAUGCCACAAGUCUAAUAGACAAGUAGUGCUUUGGCGCCAUCUUGGGGCCAUGGCAGUGUUCAAGCUCAUAACACGACCCUGGAAAUGACUUCGCGAUGAUUUGAUUUUGACUUACAGUCCUAAAAAAUAAAAAUUAAAAAAAAAGUACCAUCACAGACUCUCCGUAGUUUCAAACAACCCAGGCUAAACUUAGCUUCUCCCAAAUCUACAAAGCUUCUCAUCUAGUUGAGAUGUGUGAAGGAUGUAGCGAAAGAGGAUUGUAUUGUUCUGCCGGUCACUAUACAUUGCUGGCAUAGAUAGAUAAGCGCGAGCGUCAUUAUUUGUCUUCAAUUCUUCAUAAUUUUGCCAGCUGUCACGCAAAUUUGGAUCCUUUCCUUUGGCACAGUGGUUGGGAAUCACUGCGUUAGCGUCACCGCCCGUCGUUUCUGUCAAACGAUUGCCAGUUAACAUUCUGCAUUUUAAAGUGUCUUUUGUGUGUGUGUGUGUGUGUGUGUGUGUGUGUGUGUGUGUGUGUGUGUGUGUGCGUGUGCGUGUGUGUGUGUAAAUAGUAUGUACAGUACGCCUCCUACUGGCGUAUGUUUAUGCCUUUGUAAAUAGUGUGAUUGACCGAAUGAGCGCCGACUUUCAUAACUAAUAAUAAUUUUGUUGUUUAAUCGGCAGCGGCGGCGGUCAACCUCGCUGCCGUAGCGACCAAUCCGAUGCUCACGCCUCCCCCGUCAGGUGAUUGUACUGCUAUGAUCCUUAUUUAUGUUUGAUAAAUCUGCCCCCUCCCCCCCCCUCCCAGUUUGCAUGUGUUCAGGUUUAGAAAAGGACAGGGUUGAUGGCAUUAUUGAAGAAUUUAUGACUACUUUAGAACAAUUUUUUUUCCCUCUCGUUAUCUCUGUAGCAAACACAGACAUCAUCAAAUUAGCGUAACUUUUUUUUUUUCUGAAAAAUUCACUGGAUGAAGUGGGCUGACUUUUUUUUUUUUCUGAAAAAUUAAGUCAUCGGGAUUAAAUCCACACUUGGGGAAGCAAGCUACAAUUGCAAAUGUUUGUGUCUGCCAUAAAAAGUGCCAUCGUCAGUUCAAUUGGGAUGCAGAAAAAAAAAAAGAAAAAAAUAGUUGGAAUGAAAAUGGCUGCUUUGGGAGUUAUUUUAUACACUUUAUUUUGUAUUAUUUAAAUGGAGACUUCUCAACAGUGGAAAAGUGGAGUAAAUGGUCGUACUUUUUUUUUUUUUAAAUAUGACAAAAACGGAGCACAAAUACUUGGACACACUAAUAAGCAAAAAUAUUUUAUUAUGAUUACAUUGUGCCCUUAAAAUAAAUAGUUGACUUGAUAAUUUUUUUGAAACGUUUUUUUUUUUCUUUUUUUUUCCCGGUAAAAAAAUCCGCAGAAAUUACAAAUGUGUGGAAAUGACUACAAGAUAUUGACCUAAAACUACAAUGAAAAAUAUUUGUGUUUAAUAUAUGAAAUUUGAGCACAAAUAUUAACUCAAUAGGCGACAUUUUAGAGUCGACUUCAAAAUACAAAAUUAUGAACCUGCAGAAAAUAGCGACAAAUUGCAAUCGUGUCGGUUCAUUGACGCAGAAACGCGAACACAAAAAUACAAAAUGGCUGAAAUGAUUCAUGAAAAUGAAGAAUAUUUUUGUGUUCAGCUGGAAAUAAUUGUGUUUUCACUUGGCAUAAAAAUAUCUAUAGUAAUAUAUAUUUUUGUAGUCCAAAAUACACUGGUGUAGGUUUGAUUGACAAAAUUCUAUACACACUAUAUUUUGGUGUUAAACUGACGAGGGCAAUUUUGUAGACCUGAAAAUCAAAUUUUGACCUGCAUAAUACAAACUGGUUGAAUUUAUUAACUUUCAGAUAUUAAUGUUUAUUUUAUUUUAUUUUUUUUGGUACAACUGACAAAAUAAUUGCAGGUAAUCAGGUUUACAUCCAAAUAUUAAGUCAACUUUUAUUUUAAUUUUUUUUUUUUUUUUUUUUUUAAAUUAAGUGCUGUACUAAACCAACUUUAGCAAAAAGAGGCAGGGAAAGUAAACGUUGCGGCUCCACCAUUUAUCUUUCCGACUAACCCUAAUGAGAUGAUUUGUAUGACAUCCCAAUACGAGCUGUCAAAACCCAACCGCGGCGUCAAGUGUUGAGGCGCGACAACCAAUAAAAGGGCGCAAGGGAGGAGCGAAUGUACGAUUGAAGAGCGGCCAUGACACUGAAUGUAGUCCGGCUUUGGUGUCAACAGGGCGCUGACGACGGGCUGCUUAUUGUGUAGCCUUUCCAAAUGCAAAAAGGGGAAACGUGGAAAUGUUUGUUUUCUUUUUUUUUUUUUGUCCCAUGAGAAAUGUUUUUGUUUUUUUUUUUUUUUUAAUUUGUGCAAAACAUACAAUGGUGUCUUGAGAUACACGUUAAAUCAUAUUUCGCCAUUAAAAUGAAUGGAAAUGCUUUUAAACCGUUCCAUCCUCCCUCACGAAAAUAAAACAAAGAUUUAAAUAAAGAAAAUGCACUCUGGAAUUUUGUACAGUAGAAUCGAAACAACCGGUUUUUGGCAUCAUGAUGAAUUCACGGCAGAAAUCUUCUGGGUGAUUUGUCACGACAAUGCAGUCAUGCCGACAAACAAAGAAGACUUUCACAACUACUGUAAGUGACUCAAUAACUGCAGUAAGGUCUUUUUUUUUUUGCAGAUGAUAAAGAAUAUAUGCCAAUACGUAUUGUAUUUCUUGCUAGUCUGUUGUUCACGUGUUGCUUUACCGUUUAGGUUCAAAUAUCGGCCAAAUGAGAGCUCGUAUCUUGGAAAAACUCAAAAGUCGGGUGAUUCGUAUCUCAAGGCACCACGGUACAAUUGUUCUGACGCCAAACUCCGACUCACAAAAGAUCCCACAUUAAUUUCACUGAAAUGAUUCCAGAAUGAUGUCUUAACAUGUUUCUAUCGUGGCAGCAAAGCAACACGUGUUGCGAUCCUGUUUAUUAUUGUUGUUGUUGUUGUUUUUUUUUUUUGGGGGGGGGGGGGGUGUGAUCGAGACUUUGUUGGAAUUGGCAAUCCUUCUCAGGCUGUUCCUGGAUGCAUACUCUUCAUCACCAUUCUGGCUCCGGUUCUGAAUGCAACCAUGAAACAUGAAGCCACCAAUUAAAAGAUUUCAUUUUUACAGA